AUGCUUCGCCAACCACCACAGCCCCUAGCCCGCGUCCUCGCCGUAGACGAAAUCAUCCCCACGGUCCAACGCGUCCUCGCAACCCAACGCGCCGCCCGCGAACACGCAGCCGCGACCAUCACGCCUUCCGAGGCAACCUUCGCCAACACCAUCGCCCCCCUCCUGCGCGCCGAUGACGAGACGCAGGGCGAGACAGGGUCAUUCAGCGUGCCCCGCUUCUCUGGCCCAGACAAGGCUACGCGCGAGGCCGUGGAGGAAGGUAUGAGGCUCUGGUCUGCGUCUACGGCGGAGAGGUUGCGGAUGAAGGGGGUAUAUGAGCUUGUGAACGCCGUCAGGGAGAGGGAUGAGAAGGGGCUUGGGGAUGAGGAAAGGAGAGUUGUGAGGGAUUUGUGGUUGGAUUAUCGUGGGGCUGGGCAUGGGGUUUUGGAUGGGAAGGGGAUUGAGGUGUAUUUGGAACGGAGGGAGAGGAUUGAGGAGUUGAAGAGGGCGUUUAGGAAGAAUUUGUAUGAUGGUAGUGGAGGUCUGUGGUUCACGGAGAUGGAGUUGGAGGGUGUGCCGAGAGCAGAGAUGGAAAGAUGGAAGGUUGGGCUGGACGAUGUGCCUGAGGAAAGAGGUAAGAGGUUUAUUACGCUGGAGAGGGCGGAUUAUGACGCUGUGCUGCGGUAUGCGCGUGACCCGGAGACGAGGAGGCGGGUGUAUGUUGCGUUUGAUAAUCGGUUUCCCGAAAACGUGCCACUGUUCAAGGAGAUGCUUAUCCUCAGAGACGAGAACGCGAGAAUUUUAGGGUACGGCAGCCACGCGGACUUCCGGAUCGAGCGGAGGGUCGCGCCGUCGACUGAGUGGGUUGAGGGGUUCUUGGGACGGUUGAGCAAGGGGUUGGAGCCUAGGGGAAGGGAAGAGAUGGCGAGGGUUGCGGAGAGGAAGAGAGUUGAUCUGGGGAUUAGAGGGGAUACUGUUGGUGGGGAGAAGGAAAGCGAGGAAGGGAAGAUUCUGCCGUGGGAUUUUGAGUAUUAUACAAGGCUUCUCGAAGAGGAGGCGGACGUUGACCAGGAGAUGAUUUCCGAAUAUUUCCCCCUGAACCACACGUUAUCGGCCAUGUUGGGUUUGUUCUCCGACUUUCUGGGUCUUGAGUUCGAACCUGUGCCGAAGAGAGAUCUAGUUGGGAAGAUCUGGGAUGAGGAGGUACAAGUUUGGGCUGUCUGGGAGGGGAGAGGGGAAAGAAAGGGGGGAUUUGUGGGAUACCUGUACGCCGACGUUCUCUGGCGAGAAGGGAAAUACCGGACGGCUUGCAAUGUCAACCUGCAAUGCGGUUACUUGAAGGAGGAUGGGACCAGAGUCUACCCUGCCACGGUGCUCAUGUGUGCCUUUCAGCCCCCUACAGCCGCGUCUUGUGCGCUGUUGAAGCAUCGCGAGGUCGUGACCUUGUUCCACGAACUGGGCCACGGACUUCACGACCUUCUAUCCCGCACAAAGCACACCCGCUUCCAUGGAACGCGCGUGGCUCCCGACUUUGGCGAGGCGCCGAGCACGAUGCUGGAGAAGUGGUGCUGGAUGCCGGAUGAGCUCGUCAAGAUGGGCCGGCACUACACGCGCGUCGAGCUGGCGUACAUGACAAAGUGGAAGGAGGACCAUGCGUAUGGCCAAGAGCCUCCGCCGGAAACACUUCCAAAGGAGUUAGUGGACAAUUUGGUCAAGAGUCGAGAACUGAAUCGGGGACUAUGGUUCCUCAGGCAGCUGGUGUUCGCCACGUUUGAUAUGAGGGUGAACAAUCAAGAGUCAACUGAGGCGCUGAGGGAGCUGGACGAAGUGAAGCUUUACAACGACCUUCAGGACUCUAUGACGCUCAAGCCUAAUCCGGAUAAGAGAGGCUACGGGCUGGUUCACUCUACACAUCUCAUUGAGCUUUACGAUGCGGGCUACUACGCCUACAUGAGCGCCCAAAUAUUCGCGGCCUCCUUCUUCGAGUCGUGCUUCGCUAAGGACCCCCGUAAUCCCGAGGCGUGGGACCGGUACCGACGAGGAAUUCUCGAGUACGGCGGUAGCAGGGACGAGACGGAGAUGAUGACAGAAUUCCUGGGUCGGGAGCCCGGGUCGGAUGCGUUAUUGAGAAGUCUCGGGUCGUUGGAGAGUGAUAAGAGUGGUGUUGAUGAUGUUGGACCAACGACGGCAUCGAUUUGA